AUGAAUGUCGUCGGUGGCCGUGGUCGGCCAUACCCCAGCGGGUUCGUUGCCCGAAGGGGCGCGUGCACGGGAUCAAGAGCCGGGUUACCGGCCGGAUAUGCCGGAACCAAGCGGGCGUGCGAGCUGAUGGUUGACGCGACACUGCACAGGCAGUGCCGAGGCGCCAUGUUCCGGGCGAUGGCGGUGCGGCUGGGGCCAGAUCGCGACGCCGCGGAGGAACGGCCCUGGAGGAAAAUAAUUACUUUGCUGGGACGGAAGCUUGUGCGGGAGGGCGAGUGCUCGGUUCUGUUUGGCGAAUGGGUGCAGCGGGUGCGUGAGUUCGGGUCAGAGGCGGCAAUCCUGCGUUAUGUACUUGUUGACCUUCUGGAGGCUAAUUCGGAGCACAUCUCGUGCGGCGGUAUGGCUGCUUUGAGACGAGCCAUUCGCGAUAGCACUUGA